AAAGCUGGGGUCUCCAAGCUGGAGACCAUCGACACGGGCCUCUAUGAUCCUGAUGCCGGACUCAGCGAUGAGGAAAGAGCAAGAAUAGACAAAGCCCUCGUUCGAAAGCUAGACUUCAAACUUAUUCCAUGGCUCUCUUUUCUAUACCUCAUCUCCUUCCUCGACCGAACAAACAUCGGUAAUGCCAAAGUCGACGGUCUGGCCAAAGACCUGCAUCUGACACCCGGCCAAUACAACGCCACACUCUCCAUCUUCUUCGUCUCGUACUCGGUCUUUGAACCCUUGACAAAUGUCCUGCUCAAGAAAUGGCGACCCAGCGUUUUCCUUCCCGUUAUCAUGACGCUUUGGGGAAUUGUGAUGGUCACUAUGGGUCUUUGUCAUAACUUUGCUGGCCUCGCAACGGCACGUUGGUGGCUAGGUUUUGCUGAAGCAGGACUCUUUCCUGGCGUGAACUACUAUCUUUCGUGUUGGCAUGUUGGAGUCCUGAUGCAGUACAAGCGCAAGGAGCUAGGUAUUCGAGCAGCCAUUUUCUUUUCAGCAGCCGCGCUUGCAGGUAGUUUCGGUGGUUUGCUGGCAGCAGGUAUUGCUCAGAUGAAGGGAGUAGGUGGUAAACCUGGUUGGGUAAGAUUCAUUGACAUCGUACUCCUCAGUGAUACUGAUAUCCCGACANNGGCUUGGAUCUUCAUCCUCGAAGGCUUGGUUACCGUUGUUGUUGGUAUUAUCUCGUACUGGAUGGUCCAUGAUUUCCCUGACAAUGCCACGUUCUUGUCUGUCGAUGACCGUGCAAGAGUGAUCAGAAGACUCAAGGAAGAUCAGCAAGCAAGUGCCGAGCAUGAGGUAUGGCCAAAAGCAGAUCCCGAGUAUGAUCGAUUCUGUCCUGACAUCGAUAUCUGCAGNGAAUUCAAGAUGACCUACUUCUGGCAAAGUGUGAUGGACUGGAAGACAUGGUGCUUUGCAGUCAUUUACAUGGGAGCAGAUGGUGCACUGUACGCCUUUUCGCUGUUCUUGCCCACCAUCAUCAAUGCUCUCGGAUACAGCGGCACAACAGCAAACCUGCUCUCGGUUCCGCCAUACGCUUGUGCUGCCGUCUUUACGAUCGUGAUCGGAUGGAUCGCCGACAGAACCCAAAAGAGAGGUCUCAUCAACGUCUGCGUUUCUCUGCUUGGCAUUGUAGGCUUCAUCAUGCUCAUCGCAUCGCAAAACCCUCAUGUCAAAUAUGCUGGUACAUUCCUUGGAGCCCUCGGAAUUUACCCCGUUACGUGGUGUUCGAACAAUGUAGAGGGCGCCUACAAGAGAGGUGUGACAAUCGGUAUUGUCAUCGGUUGGGGAAACCUUCAGGGCGUGGUUAGCUCGAACAUCUACAGGGCCAAGGACAAGCCGAAGUACUACCUCGGACACGGUGUAGUGUUGGCAUACCUGACACUCUUCCUGUUCUUGGGAAGUUUGAUGACACAUCUUCUGCUCAAGGCCGAGAACAAGAAGAGGCAAGCCGGCAAGCGCGACCACUGGAUCGAGGGCAAGGAUGAAUCCGAGAUCAAGAUGCUGGGAGACAAGAGACCAGACUUCCUUUACGUCACC